GAAGUGGCUUCCCGUCGGAAGAGGAUAGAAAACGGACCCGGUGCCGGAUGUUGCUGUCUGGUCUGAGCGGGGUCGGCUGUGGCGGGUAGGCGGGCCGCGCAGGCGCAGAGAGUCUGGGCCACGCCGCCCGAGGGAGCCUCAGAGCGGGAUGCGGUGACGCCCCUGGGUGACCAUGGCAGCGGCCGACGAGCUGGCCUUCCACGAGUUCGAGGAAGCCUCUAAUCUGCUGGCCGAGACCCCAGAUGCGGUCACUACCAGCGGAAGUGGUCAGCUGACCCCACAGGGGCACGUGGCUGUGGCUGUGGACUCAGGUGGUAGCUAUGGAGCCGAGGAAGAGGUCGAAGAGAGCGACAAGACAGCGCUCCUUCAGGAGAAGCAGCAGCCUGGAUUCUGGACCUUUGGCUACUAUCAGAGUUUCUUUGACGUGGACACGUGCCAGGUCCUGGACCGAAUCAAAGGCUCGCUGCUGCCCCGGCCCGGCCACAACUUUGUACGGCACCGUCUACGGAAUCGGCCGGACCUGUACGGCCCCUUCUGGAUCUGUGCCACGCUGGCUUUCGUCCUGGCCGUCACUGGCAACCUGACGCUGGUGCUGGCCCAGAGGAGGGACCCCUCCAUCCACUACAGCCCCCAGUUCCACAAGGUGACCGUGGCCGGCGUCACCAUCUACUGCUACGUCUGGCUGGUGCCGCUGGCGCUGUGGGGCUUCCUGCGGUGGCGGAAGCGUGUCCGGGAGCGCGUGGGGCCUUACACCUUCCUGGAGACCGUGUGCGUCUAUGGCUACUCCCUCUUCGUCUUCAUCCCCACCGUGGUCCUGUGGCUCAUCCCUGUCCCGUGGCUGCAGUGGCUGUUUGGGGCGCUGGCCCUGGCCCUGUCAGCCGCUAGCCUGGUGUUCACCCUCUGGCCUGUUGUCCGAGAGGACACCCGGUUGGUGGCCGCCAUGCUGCUCUCCACGGUCGUGCUGCUCCACGCCCUUCUGGCCACGGGCUGUAAGUUUUACUUCUUCCAGCCGCUGCCCCUGGAGCCCCUGGCGCCUCCACCCCAGGCCACGUCUCUGCCCCUAAACCUGCUGCCGCCGCCCACCCCAAGGUCCCAGGUGACCUAGGAGGGCCCGAGCCGCAGGAGUCUCUCUCUUUCAGGCUCCACACGAGGGGACGCCUCCGCCUGCCCUGCCCUUCACACGAGGACUGAAGGCCCCCUUGACACCUCGAGAUCGCUCUGCUACUUUCCAGACUUCUCUUACAAAGCAAACGCUUUUAUUUUCUAUGCAAAGGUGAUUCAGAGAAUUUAUAUAAAGGUGGGAAAGGGGCAGCCAAGCAGGGAGCUUCCGGUGUGGCCGUCGCCCCACGGGCUGCCCGCUAGGCCUCUGCUUUCCCUGGGGGGACGGUCGGGAGAGCAAAGGGGGCCACCCCCACCUCAGCUGUGCCUGCCCUUCCCGGGGUGCCCGGUCAGCAGGUCCUGGGGCCU